CCGACAAAAUGGCUGGUAUCGUUCAGCAUGAUGUUACGAAUAGUGUUUAAAAGUGGUUUAGGGCAGGCAUAUUGUCUCGAUAAAAACGUAUUCUGUUUUUUUAUCGAGACAGAAAUCGUCCCAUGAUGUAUUGGAAUUAAUUGGAAACGCCACUAGAGAGUAAGGUCAUACGGUACUGGUCGUAUGCAGAAUACCCCUUCCGUCGUUAAACGAAUAUUAAUGGAGUGUGAACAGUCCUGAUCUGGAAACGCUUUUGCUUCACGCUGAUCAUGUGGUAGAGUGUACACCGAAGUUGUAUGAUGCAUAAGAUAAGGUUCGACCCUGAAUACAGCCCUCUCGUGAAGGAAGAAUCGUCGCGGUAUCGUAUUGUUCUUCCAUUUUCAAAAGUCGCCUGGUUCACCGUCUCUUUGCCAUUUGUUGCAUUUCUUUUUUGCAUCGGCUGGUCAAUUCUGUAUAAUUUUGAACAUGCUACGUCUACACAUUGUAAAGUAUACAAUUUCUUGCCAUCAGUGUCCGCAGCUAUUGGACACUAUAGACCCCAGAAAGAUGUUUGGAAAGCAGCUAUAGCCUUGCAGGCAACAAUCAGGGUCUUAGUACUUGUAAUGUAUUUUCAAUAUUACAAGGAAACUGUUCAUAGCUUAGCACAGGGCUUAAGUAAUAUUGCUCUGAUGCUUUACAUAAUAGAAAAUACUGCGUUGGUUACUUUGAGUUUUUGGUCUUCGGAUGAGAAUUAUGCAUUUCACAAGUUAUCGUUCAUAACAUUUUUAAUAACAUCAUUGGUACAUAUGGUGUUGACCUGUCUAAUAAUGAAACACUACAGAAAUAUCUCGAGAAAUGCACUUGAAACUGAUUCCCUGAAAUUGAAAUGGAGAUUUUUAUUUUUUAAUGUAGCAUCGAUACUGAUGGCCUGCUAUUUUUUCUAUAGACACAAUAAAUAUUGUGAACCCUUAGUGUACUCCAUGUUCGCAUUGACAGAGUAUAUGGUGGUUAUCAGCAAUAUGGGUUUUCACGUAACUGCAGCAUGGGACUUUGCUGGGAGAAGUCUACUAAUAUCAGGAAACGGACUUAGGAUCGUUUAAUAAUCAUGACUGUGAUUAGUACAAUUUUCUUGGAAAUAAUGCAACGAUAUGCAUGUUUCCUUAUAAAUAUGUAUUUGUGAACAUUUAAAAAGGUUGGCCAUAUUACCUUUUCAUGUAAUAAUUCACGGAUACAUAUGUACAAUAUGACCUGUAUUAAUUGCAGUGAUUAAUUUUAAAGCAAAGAAUCAUUAAUCAAGAAUAUAUAUAUUAUCAAGGUGCUAGAUAUAUUUUGUAUCAUAAAUUUAAGUUUCCAAAGAACAAAGUAACCACGAAUGGAAUAAUACUACACUAAUAUUUUAAUUAUGAGAAUGACACGUAGUGGCGUUUUAUUUACUGCGAAUCUUGUAAAUAUAAUAAAUUAUAUAUAAAUCAA